AUGCGUUUCUCAGUCGCCGUCUCCGCUCUUUUCGUCCUCAUGGGCUCGUUCGUCAACGCCGACCUUCACAAGGAGGGUCUCUGUAUUGACAAAAUCGGCGGCCAGUACGUGUAUAACGCCGACGCAACAAAGAAGGCAUGCGAUGCAUACCUACAGCGAAACACUGGAGACAAGCAAUGGGACAAGUGCCCUGACUGCAAAAUGACGGAAGUGGGCAAGCUGAACCUCUGUCAGUCGCUAGAAAACCACAUCGGUGGUGAUGAGUUGAACUACUACUGCACACAAAACGGUGCGAGCGACUCAUUGGCAUCUUAG